CGGGCUACAAAAGUACGAUCUGCCGUUUCCAUGCUGUGCCCAUGCUGUGCUGUCUUCGACACCAGCUAACACCAGUUUUAACACAGUUGUGUGUAUAAGCGGUUGAGGCAAAUACCCCAUCACGUACCCCUAUUUUCUCAGCUCAUGCAACAAGUGAACGUGCUCAUGUCUAGAGCUAUUCCUUUAACGUCAGGCGCUACCAAAUGUUUCCCAAUAGCUUAAGUCUUACUAUGGUUUAUUCGAAAGGAAUGAACCCUUGGCAGAACUUGUAGGCUACACUUGGCGCGUAGUGUUAGAGCUACCUUGGACAGCCAGGCCAAGACAGCAACACCCGCAUCGUUGCAGCUAACCGGAUCAAUGGCCAUGGAUGUUGAGUAUCGUUACAGUAAUGGCCGAAUUGACAGGCUCGAAGUGGAGAACUUUAAGUCCUACAGGGGGCACCAGCACAUCGGGCCAUUUAAGGCCUUCACGGCUGUCAUCGGCCCCAAUGGCAGUGGAAAGUCCAACCUCAUGGACGCUAUCAGCUUUGUACUGGGAGUUAAAACCACACAGCUUCGCGGCUCCCUCAAGGAGCUCCUGUACAGCGAUGGAGGCGCGACGCAAGCCGAGCAGCCGCGAAGAGGCUUCGUCAAACUUGUUUACAUACUGGAGGAGCAUGAUGCCGAUGGCGGAGCACCAAAAGAGCGCGAGGUGCACUUUUCGCGCGUCAUCCUGCCCACCAGCUCGGACCCUGACGCCACCUUCAAAAGCGAAUAUCGCGUUAACGACCGCGCGGUGACGCUGGAGGCGUACAACCGGGAGCUGGGGUCGCUGGGCAUCUUGGUCAAAGUCCGGAACUUCCUGGUCUUCCAGGGCGACAUCGAGGCGGUUGCUGCCAAGAGCCCGGCGGGUCUGACCACCCUGUUCGAGCAGAUCAGCGGCAGUGAGGCGCUGCGGGGGCGGUUCGAGGAGCUGGUGGCGGCCAAGGCACAGGCGGAGGAGAAGGUGGGGCUGCUGUCCAUGAAGCGGCGGCAGCUGGCUGCGGAGGUGAAGGCCAAGAAGCGGGAGAAGGAGGACGCGGAGAAGCACGCCAAGGGGCUGGAGGAGCUGCGCGGCUACAAGUCCGACCUGGCUGUGUGGCAGCUGGUGGUGGAGGGGCGGCGGCUGGGGCAGGCGCUGGCGGACCAGCGGGAGGCGGAGGAGCAGCUGGCGGCACUGCAGAACAAGACCCAUGACCACGACGCCAAGGUCGAGACUCUUCGUCGCAAGGCUGCCGGCUUCAAGAAGGAGAUGGCCUCCCUGGAGAAGAAGAUGAAGAAGCUGCAGCAGGACAAGGACAAGAAGUCCCCCGCGCUGCUGAAGGCCAAGGAGGAGCUGGGGCGGCUGGUGCGCAACAUCCGCAGCGGCCAGAAGGCGGUGGCGGAGCGGGAGCGGACGGUGGCGGAGCAGGAGAAGAAGAUCAAGAGGCUGGCGGCGGAACUGCGGAAGGUGGAGGAAGACGAGGCGGCCCUGCAGGCUGAGAUCGAGGCGCACUACGCCGCGCACAACCAGACCCACGCGCUGGACAGCCGGGCCAUGCAGGAGGAGUACGCGCGGCUCAAGGUGCAGGUGGGCACGGAGACCACCAAGCAGGCCGGCGAGCGGAAGACACUGGAGGCGGAGCAGGAGGGCGACCGCGAGCAGCUGGCUCAGCUGCAGGCCCAGGUGGCGCAGCUGCGGCAGCGCGCGGGGCAGCUGCGGGGGCAGGCGGAGGAGGUGCGCGCCCGCAGCGGCGGUGCGGCGGCGGAGCUGGCGGCGGCGCGGCGGGAGCUGGAGGACAAGCGGAGGGCGAGGCAGCGGCUGCAGGAGGAGCGCACGCGCACCAACGCCCAGCGCUCCAGUCUGCAGCUGCGUCAGGAGCAGCUGGAGGGGGCGCUGGAGAACAUUCGGCUGGACCGCAGCCAGAGCAGGCGGGAGAGGGAGAUAGCGGAGAUGGCGGAGAGGCUCAAACAGAGGUUCCCGGGUGCGGUGUACGGCAAGCUGGUGUCGCUUGCCAAGCCCAUCCAGUCGCGUUUCCAGCUGGCACUGAGUGUGGCUCUGCAGCGGGACCUGGACAGCGUGGUGGUGGACAACGAGGGGACCGCAAAGAUGUGCAUUCAGGUUCUGCGGGAUGAGAAGAAGCCUCAAAUGAACUUCCUGCCGCUGGACUUCCUCAAGGUGAAGCCCGUCAACGAGCGGCUGCGGCAGCUGGGCGGGCGAGCCAAGCUGGCUCUGGACCUGCUGGACAUCGGGGACCGGCGCAUGGAGCGGGCAUUCCAGUACGCACUGGGCGACACCGUCAUCUGCGAGGACGAGGACGAGGCCCGGCAGCUGGCGUUCGGCGGGCAGCGUCUCAAGGUGGUCACCCUGCAGGGGACGCUCAUCACCAAGAGGGGGACCAUGACGGGCGGCAGCGCGCCCCCCGACGCCCGCGGCGCCCGCUGGGACGAGGGCGAGGUGACCCGGCUGCGUGAGGAGCUGGCGGGGGUGGUGGGGAGGCUGGCGGAGCUGCCCUCGCCCCGCGCGCUGGCGGAGAGCGAGGCGGCGCUGGGGACCGAGAUAGGCGGACUGGCAGCCAAGAUCAAGUACACGGAGGCGGAGGAAAAGGAGUCGGGCUCCAAGAUCUCCUCGCUGCUGGCGCAGGCGGACCGCGCGGAGGCGGAGGCGGGUCGCAAGGAGCCGCAGAUGGCGGAGCUGCAGAAGCGGCUGGACGCGCGGAGCAAGAAGAUUGAGCGCCUCACCGCCUCCAUCAACUCCGUGACCGACCGCGUCAUGGCGGACUUCUCCGCACGCGCCGGGGUGGCGUCCAUCCGCGAGUGGGAGGAGCGGCACGCGGCGUUCGAGGAGGGCGUGCAGGAGCGGAGGCGGGAGCUCACGCAAAAGCGCACGCACUCCCAGGCCCAGCUGGAGUACGAGCGGGCGCACCUGGCCCGGCUGCGGGCGGCCGCGCAGCAGGCGGCGGAGGAGCUGGCGGAGGCGGUGGGGCGGCAGGCGGGGCUGGAGGCGGAGGUGGCGGCGGCGCAGGCGGGCGCGGCGGCGGCGGAGGGGGAGGUGGAGAAGCUGAGCAGCCAGAUGGAGGAGCUGAGGGAGAAGGUAUCCGGCGUGGAGGGGCAGAUCUCGGAGCUGCAUGCGGCCGCGGCGGAGCUGGGCAAGCGGGGCGGCGAGCUGCGGCGCGCGGCGGGGCGGGCGGGUGCGGCGGUGGAGGAGCUGGCGGGGCGGCUGAUGGAUAUCGUGAAUGCGGCGAGGGUGGAGCAGGUGAAGCUACCUCGCAAGCGGCGCACGCGCCGGGAGCAGCGAGACGACAUCCAGGAGCCCGACGACGACGAGGAGGAACAAGACGAAGACGAAGACGAAGACAUGCCAGAUGCUGCUGACGACAACGACCCACUCCACAUCGACCUGGAU